CCAAAGACAGCAGGAAUCAAAGCGCAUCCCGGCCGAACCGCAGAGCAUCAGAACAGAUUUAGGACCAGGAUGUUCGGCGGAGUGUCAGGACGAAUCCAACAUGAGCGGGACCGAGCCGGAGGCUUGGGCUCGGCCCAGCAGGCGGUAAAGUUCAUGAACCAGGACUUCCAGGCCUUAAAGGAGGAGUGCCUUCAGAACAGAACCCUGUUUCAGGACCCCAUGUUCCCGGCAGAACCUGCCUCGCUGGGCUUUAAGGAACUUGGACCUCUCAGCGCCAAAACCAGAGGAGUGGAAUGGAAAAGACCCACGGAGCUGUCAGCUAACCCUCAGUUCAUUGUGGGCGGGGCCACCAGGACUGACAUCUCUCAGGGGGCGCUGGGGGACUGCUGGCUGUUGGCUGCUAUCGGCUCUCUGACUCUAAACCAACGGCUGCUUCAUCAGGUGGUUCCUCAUGGCCAGAACUUUAACCAUCAGUAUGCUGGCAUCUUCCACUUCCAGUUCUGGCAGUUUGGGGAGUGGGUGGACGUGGUGAUUGAUGACCGGCUGCCAGUUAAAGAUGGAGAGCUGCUGUUUGUCCACUCAGCAGAAGGAAGCGAGUUCUGGAGCGCUCUGCUGGAGAAAGCUUACGCUAAGUUGUGCGGCUCGUAUGAAGCAUUGUCCGGUGGCAGCACCACUGAAGGUUUUGAGGACUUCACAGGGGGUGUGGCAGAGAUGUAUGAGCUGAAGAAAGCUCCCAGAGAUCUCUACCGGAUUAUCAGCAAAGCUCUAGAGAGAGGAUCAUUGCUGGGAUGCUCUAUAGAUAUCACCAGCUCCUGUGACAUGGAGGCCAUCACCUUCAAGAAGCUAGUGAAAGGCCACGCCUACUCAGUGACUGGCCUAAGACAGGUGGAGUUCAGAGGGCGACAGGAGCGUCUGAUCCGAAUCAGGAACCCCUGGGGUCAGGUGGAGUGGACCGGAGCCUGGAGUGACAGCUCCUCAGAAUGGAACUACGUCGAUUCUGCGGAAAAGGAUGAGAUGCUUUGUAAGAUGGAGGACGGGGAGUUCUGGAUGCCUUUCCAGGAAUUUCUGCGUCAGUUCUCCCGUCUAGAGAUCUGUAACCUGACCCCAGAUGCCCUGAGUCAGGACGCCACCAGCUUCUGGACCACGAUGACGCAUGAGGGCAGCUGGAGGAGAGGAAGCACGGCCGGAGGUUGCAGGAACCACCCGAACACAUUCUGGAUCAACCCUCAGUAUAAGAUGACUCUGUUAGAGGAGGAUGAUGACCCUGAGGAUGACGAGGCUGCCUGCAGCGUCCUGGUGGCACUGAUGCAGAAGGACCGCCGCCGGUACCGCCAACAUGGCCAGGACAUGCACACCAUCGGUUUCGCCAUUUAUGAGAUUCCCAAAGAGUUCCAAGGUUCUGCAGGUGUCCACAUGAAGAAGGAUUUCUUCCUGCGCCGCUCUUCCUGCGCUCGCUCCGAGACCUUCAUCAACCUUCGAGAGGUGAGCUCCAGGUUCCGCCUUCCUCCAGGAGAGUACCUGAUCGUCCCAUCUACGUUUGAGCCCUCCAAGGAGGGGGACUUUGUCCUGAGAGUUUUCACUGAAAAGGAGUCCGAGACAGAGGACAUGGAUGAUGUCGUCGUUACAAACCUGGAUGAGGAGGAGGAAGUCACCGAAAGAGACAUUGAUGACUCCUUUAGGUCCAUGUUUGCUCAGCUUUCUGGAGACGACAUGGAGAUCUCAGUGCGUGAGCUCAGAACCAUCCUCAACAGAGUGGUCUCCAAACACAGAGAUCUACAGACCGAUGGAUUCAGCAUGGAGUCCUGCAGGGCCAUGGUCAGCCUCAUGGAUAAAGAUGGCAGUGCUCGGCUCGGACUGGUGGAGUUUCAGAUCCUUUGGAACAAGAUUAAGAAGUGGUUGGGAAUCUUCAGAGAGUUUGAUCUGGAUAAGUCCGGCUGCAUGAAUUCCUACGAGAUGCGUCUGGCGUUUGAAAAUGGCGGGUUCAAACUGAACAACAAGCUCUAUCAGAUGCUGAUCGCUAGAUACGCCGACAACGAGAUCAUCGACUUUGACAACUUCACCUGCUGCGUGGUCAAACUGGAGACCAUGUUCAAGACCUUCCAAGGCCUGGACAGAGAUGGGACCGGAACUGUGGAGUUAAAUUUCAGUGAGUGGCUCUUUUUGACCAUGUGUGGCUAAACCUCAGAGCGCCGAGAGAGGACGGAUAAGAGGGCAACAACUAGACUGAGAGGACACUUCUUCUGCUCCACUGUCCUGGCAUAACACCUCGAUACUACAAAGAUACCACUACCAUACUAACAAAAUACUAUAAUGUUACUACAAUAAUGAAAUGGAGAAUUGCAACAAUACGACGGUAAUUCUGCAGUAGUCAGAGUGGAGCCUGAGUUUGAUUUGAACAUAUUUAUUCAUAUUUAUCUGUUAAUGAUCAUUAACUGUACUAACAUGCAUGAAAGUAAACAGCUUAGUUUAACCUCAGAGGAAUCACCUAAUUGGUUGAGAUGGUUCAUCCAUCAUGAUCCAUCUGGAACAUUCUCUUUCAAUAAAAAACCCAGCAGGCGGACCCUCCUCUGGUUCUGGUGUUCAGCUGCAGUCAGAGAUUCUGCCAAUAAUGUGAGGAUGAUUCGGUUUCACUUCCAAGUGUUUUAUUUAUAAAUGAGAUUCAAAUGAUCUGAGACUUGAAAUGUAAAAAGGAACACUUCCUUCCUUCAUUUAACCCAUGUAUUUACUGACAGCAGCUAGGUUCCUCCUGGGUUCUUGAAACCUGGAACAGAACGUUUGCGGACAUGACUGACCCUCAGAAAUGCAGCUCUGUCUGCAGUCUGCAGACCUCCUAUUCUCAGGAACAUCUUCAUUCAGAAGUGCAUUACUACAGACCCAUAGUACAACCAACUGUCCUUUGGUACUAGAGCUGUACAUGUAACCUACCUGCUGCUGUGCUAGUCUGCACUGAUAGAGGGCGCUGUAGCUACUCUGUAUUUAUGCUUUCACUGGCUGUGAUACUCAGCUGAGUUCUUUACUCCCAUCCUGACAUUUAAUAAAGUGAGGCAAACCAAA